GUUGGGUAGGCUGGAUUGUGAUAGCGACAGAUGUCUAGAGAACUGUGAGGGGGCACUCCUCCGUUACAACACAGUCCCACACUGCACCUCGGAGAGCAGGGGCGGAAUCUGCAGCUGUCACUCCAAAGGUUUACCUCCAUUAUCACAUCCAGCCGGAGCCUGAAAAAGAAGCCUAGUGAUCACUCUCUAGAAAUACAGGAGACACCAUGGGAGGCAAACUGAGCAAGAAGAGGAAGGGAUAUGAUGUGAGCGAUCCCAAAGAGACGAAGGAUGAGACCACAGUGACGGCUGCUGGUGCAGAUGAGUCUGCUAAAGUGGAGGCCGGAUCCCCACCCACAGAAGCUGCUGUGACAGCAGAGGCAGGCAAUGUGGUAAAGGAAGCUGUUGGGUCAGCUGCGGCAGCAGUAACUGAAGCAGUAGUAAAAGCUCCAGAAGAGCCCAAAUCCGCACCUCCAGAGGAACCAGAUCCUGCUGCUCCAGAAGAGGCAGCUCCAGUAGAGGAACCAGCUGUAGCAGCAGAGAAGGCAGCUCCAGUAACACAAGAACCAGUUGCAGCAGUAAAGGAACCACCUCCAGUGGAGGAACCAGCUGCAGCAGUAGAAGAACCAGCUGCAGCAAUAGAGGAACCAGCUCCAGUAGCUCAAGAACCAGCUGUAGCAGCAGAAAAUGCAGCUCCAGUCGCUCAAGAACCAGCUGCAGAUGUACAAGAACCAGCUGCAGCAGUAGAAGAACCAGCUCCAGCAGUAGAAGAACCAGCUCCAGCUGUAGAAGAACCAGCUCCAGCUGUAGAAGAACCAGCUGCAGCAGCAGCGGAGUCGGACCCAGUAGUAGAGGAGCAAGCUCCAGUAGAGCUUCCAGAGGCUAAAGCAGCAGCAGAGGAACCUUCUGCUCUGGCAUCAGAAGAACCUGUGCUAAGUGAGGUUAAAUCUGAAGAAAAGCCCCCUGUAGAAGAGCCUGUUUCAGCUGUAGAAUCUGUGCCAGAGGUUGUUCCCAUCAGCGCAGAAGAAGCACCCAAGGACCAAGUGCCAGAGCCCAUCCCACAGACUGUUUCUGAGCCAGAAGCCACUGUGGAGGAGACAGUGGUUCCUGCUGCUGUCCCUGGACCCGAGCCAUUGGCUGAGCCAGCUGCAGAGCCAGCGCUGGAGCAAGCCCCAGAACCAGAACAAACCCCCAAGCCAGAGCAAGCAGCAGAGCUUGAAGCAGAGCCAGAGAAAGCACCAGAGCCAGAGUCAGUGGAAGCACCCGAGCCACAACCUGAACCAGAGCAAGCACCAGAGACAGAGCUUGAACAACCACCAGAGCCAAAACCAGAGCAACUGCUAGAGCCAGAGCCUAAGCAAAUGGCUGAUGCAGUGGAAUCUGCAGCAGACGAACAAGUAGAAGAAGUUGAGCCUGAACCAAUUGUAGCCACACCUGACAUUACUGAACUUGAAACUGUGAAAGCAGAAGCACCUGAGUUGUUGGAGACUGCAUCAGAGGAUGUCCCCACUGAACAUCAGCCUGUAGAAGAGGAAUCUGUUGCAACAAAAGCCUACAGCACUGAGGCGACAGUUGAGCCAGAAGCACCAGAACCUGUCCCUGAGAUUGUCAUCUCAGAGUCUGUCUCUGCCAGUGAAAUUACUGCUGAGUCUGAAGAGGCAGCUGAAGCUUCUGUAGAAGAGGUGCCUUGCCCAGAGCCUGAGGUAGAAAGCAAGAUGGAAAAUGGAGAUAUAAAGAGCCCUUCUGGUACAGAAGAUGUGGCAGAAGUAGAUGCACUUCCAACUGUAAAUGGAGAUUGCACAAAUGCUGCUGCCAUACAGACAGAGGAAUGUGUUAAUGGUAAUGAAAAGCCAGAGGAGACGCCAAUCAAGGAGCAGAGUGACUUUGAACUAAAAAAGGAGCUGAACCUGAGCGAGGAUGUCCAGGAAGUUCCGGAUGCAGUCCCCGAAAUGGCAGAUGGUCUCAGCACUGAGGUCACCCAAGCAGUCUGAAAAGGAAGCCAUCUUUAAAAAUCAAUGUGAAUUCAGAUUAAUCCUCCAAGGGUGCGAGAAAGCUAUCAAGGUAUCACAAACACAGCUAGGCUUUCUGGAAUACUGUAACACCGCAAUGUCUAUAGUGGUAACUCAGGCAAAAGGAUGUUUUCCUUUGAGUAACCAAAAAUGAAAUGCAACUACUUGGAUAGAGAGAGAGAGAGAGAGAGAGAGAGAGAGACAGACAGACAGACAGACAGAGGGAGAGAGAGAGAGAGAGAUCGAAGUGCAGAGAGAAGACUUAAGUUUGGAAUUGAAGGGUGCAGACAGAGAGUGAAACUGGACAGCAGAGCAAACAUACUGGACAGUAAAUGUAAAUGAAUGUAAAUGAAUGGAAUGAAUAAAUCUGUGUGUGAGCCCGAUAAUUAUUACAAAGUGGUUUAUUGGAACAGCAUUCAUUAUUAGUAUAUUAUCUGAUUUGGAAUGUCAUAUAUCCGUUCUAUUCCUAUAUGCAGAGACAUGGCAUAAAUGUUUUGGCCUUUUAUAAUAAUGGUACCUGUGAGGACUGUUCAUUUUAAAUUGAUUGUUCGGAAUAGAGAAUAAAAAGAGAUUGUUAUAGCCUA